AUGGGCGUCCCGGGGCUGACGGGCUUCGUGGAGGAGCGCGGCGCCUUCCUGGCCGAGCUGCGGGUGCGGGACACCAAGCUGGUCAUCGACGGCAGCAGCCUCUACCACCGCCUCUGCUUCGCCUCCGCCGCCGACUUCCGCCGCGGCGGCGACUACGGCCCCUUCGCGGCGGCCGUGGGCGACUUCUUCGGCAGCCUGCGCGCCUGCCGCGUCUCCCCCUUCGUGGUGCUGGACGGCGGGCGCGGCGCCGGCGACAGGAAGCUGGGCACGCUGCGGGGCCGGGCGGCCGAGCGGCUGCGGGCGGCCUAGGGGCUGUGGCGGGGCCAGGGCGGGCGCCUGGUGCCGCUGCUGAGCCGCGAGGCCUUCGUGCAGGCGCUGGGCCGGCUGGGCGUGCCCUUCGUGCAGUGCUCGGCCGAGGCCGACCGGGAGAUCGCCGGGCUGGCCAACCGCUGGGGCUGCCCCGUCCUUUCCCUCGACAGCGACUUCUUCGUCUUCGACUUGGCGGGGGGGUACUGCCCGCUGAACCACUUCCAGUGGCAGAGCGUCUGCGGCGGGGAGGAGCCGCCGGGCCGCUACGUGCCCGCUCGCUGCUUCUCCCUGCAGAGGUUCUGCGGGCAUUUCAGCCCGCUGAGGAAAAGCCUGCUGCCGCUCUUCGCCGUCAUGAACGGGAACGACUACGUGGAGCUGGCGGCCCUGGAGGGCUUCUCCGCGAAGGCGCGGCUGGCGGGGAAGGGCGGCAGGCACGCCCGGCUGCAGGGGCUGCUGCGCUGGCUGGCGCAGUUCGCGGGGCCCGGCGAGGCGGUGGACAGCGUGCUGGGCUGCCUCAAGAAGCACCAGAGGGAAGAGGUCAGGGAGCUCCUCUGCACCUCCAUGGAGGAUUAUGCCCCGUCUGAGGUGAACCUGGAGGACUUUUUUCAGAACGGGAAGUACGAAGGGGAGGCUGCCCGGGACGCGGGCUUACCCCAGUGGGUGCUUGAUGCGCUGGCGAAGGGUAAGCUGGCCCCGUUCAUCAGCGAUGCCCUGGUGCUGAGGAGUACCUUCCUCCACGUUCAGGUGGAGAACAUGCAGAGACCUAGUGCGCACAGCACGGCUUUGCCCAUCCGACAGGUUAUCUACGGGCUGCUGCUGAAAGCGCCACGAGGUCCGGAAGCUGCUUCUCCAAGCCAGCAGAGCACGGAGCUGCCAGUUGUGUGUGAAUUCGACAGACUCCGACAGACACUUAGAAAAACAUUUGUUCAAGCAGCAAGCCUGCCCACGGAUUUUUGUGAUGAUCAUUUUCCCUUGGAGAAGUUAACGGAGGUGCCCAGGUCACGCCGUCAGAUGCUUUUGCUGGAGACUCUAAAAGUGAAAAUGAGCUUCAUGGAAUCCAUCCCCAGCCACUUACAACUCCCUGUUGCUGUAACAUGUUACUGGACAUGUUGUUCAGAGCCAAAAGUGAACUUGCAUCAAUUAAAGGCUUUAUUUCUAAUGAUAGUAUUUGGAGAACUGCACAGGAUAACAGAAGAUCCAGAUCCCACAGUUGCACGUGCUGAAGAUGACAGUAUUGCAUAUAACGAAUUCCUAAAAUGGAAGGAAAAGAAAUGGGAAAGUAAAGAUUUUGAUGUAGAUGCCGCACACAGUUUUUGCCAGUGGCAGUGCUGUCUUCAGAUGGGAUUGUAUCUCAACCAGCUGCUCUGCACUCCUCUCUCUGAGCCAGACCUAAGCAGGCUUUACAGUGGGACCCUUGUGCACAGACUGUAUCAAGAGCUUAAAUCAACACCUUCGGUAGAAACUCUGUUUAGUUCAUCUCAAAAAAUGACUCAGCUUUAUCAGGUUUUGUUAAAUACCGUGGAGUCAACUGUACCUCCAGACUUCUUUCAGAGAACGACCAAGACCAAAUCUGAGUCCUGUAAAAAGAAGAAAACAUCUAAUAAGGAAAAAAAGGCCAUCAGGUGUGCUGUACCAGAACCUCAGGAUUUAUGCAAUGUUAAUAGGUUUGCAUCCCUUGAAGUGGAUGACUGAAAGCAUUAUUCCUGGAUUUAACUUUUAAUGCCAUGCAGAUGGAAGAAAUUGCAUUAAAAUAGGCAACUGUUGGAAUUUGUUCACCUGUUUUCACACGAGUUCCUGGUUCAAUCUUCACCAACAAUUCUUACUUCAGGGAAUUUUUAUAUUUACUUUUUUUGUAACUAACCGUCUUAUAAAAAAAGGUGUAUAAAA